AUGAAACGGGCAACCCCCGACUCCAGUAUUGGCCCUUCUCUACCAGCGACCUUUAUAAUUGGAAAACCCCAAAUGCUCGAAAGGGAGAGGAUUCAACUUGAAGCGCGGAAGCUGGUUCCCGGGGAAGAUGGUGGACCCACUGUUAAUCCUGACCUCAUUAAUGCAGCAUUUCCCCUGACUCGGCCUGAUUGGGACUACAGUGCAGCAGAAGGUAGGGGACGACUGCUUAUUUAUCACCAGACUCUAAUGGCGGGUCUCCGGGCUGCAGCACGCAAGCCCACUAAUUUGGCCAAGGUAUACUCGAUAAUACAAGGUAAAACAGAGAGCCCUGCCACCUUUUUAGGAAGAUUAAUGGAAGCCUUUAGGCAGUACACCCCCAUGGACCCCGAGGCCCCCGAAAAUCAGGCCACAGUUGUGAUGUCUUUUGUAAACCAGGCUGCCUCUGACAUCAAAAAGAAACUCCAAAAAUUAGAGGAUCUAGAAGGAAAACAGAUCCAGGACCUACUCUGCAUUGCUCAGUGGGUAUAUAAUAAUCGGGAUGCUCCAGAGGAUAAACAGCUCAAAGCCACCAGGGAAAUGACUAAAGUCUUAGCCGCCAUAGUUCAGAAAGAUCAAGGGCCCACAGGAGAACAGAAAACUCGCCCCCCCCAGGCGCCCCCUAGACAAAGACCAAUGCGCCUACUAAACAACUGCGCUCGGGAUCAGAGCCGUGGCAAACCAAAGUGGCCCCCAUCCUAUUUGGGGAAGGGAUGGGGUUCGGACCCCCUUCCCGAGCCCAGGGUAAUCCUACAAGUGGAGGGGACUCCUGUGCAAUUCCUUGUGGACACAGGAGCACAGCAUUCAGUACUCACUAGCCGUCAUGGAAAAAUCUGUCAUAAGUCCUCCUGGGUCCAGGGAGCUACAGGAACUAAAAAAUAUCCUUGGACCACCCAACGAACCGUGGAUCUAGGGUCAGGAAGGGUAACCCAUUCCUUUUUGGUUAUUUCGGAUAGUCCCUGCCCCUUGCUGGGAAGAGAUCUCCUCAAGAAAAUGGGAGCUCAAAUUCACUUUCAGCCCGGAGGGCCUAAAGUAACUGACUCCCAGGACCAACCUAUCUCGGUCCUCACCAUACAACUGGAAAAUGAAUAUCGGCUUCACCAAACUCCACCCCUCCCAGAACAGGAUAUUGGCUACUGGCUCCACUGGUGUCCCGAAGCCUGGGCAGAAACCGGGGGAAUAGGGCUAGCAAAACAUCGCCCAGCUCUAUUCAUAGAAGUCAAGCCAGGGGCCGACCCCGUGAGGGUCAAGCAAUACCCCAUGUCAGCAGAGGCCAGGCUGGGCAUCACCCCACACAUCCGCCGUCUCCUCGACGUCGGAAUCCUUAGACCAUGCCAUUCGGCGUGGAAUACCCCUUUGUUGCCUGUGCGCAAACCUAACAGCGGAGAUUACCGGCCAGUGCAAGACCUAAGAGAGGUCAACAAACGGGUUAUGGACAUUCACCCUACCGUGCCCAACCCUUAUACUCUUCUCAGUACCCUCAGCCCAGACAAACAAUGGUACACUGCCCUUGAUUUAAAAGAUGCCUUUUUCACCCUGCCUUUGGCCCCCAAGAGCCAAGACAUCUUUGCAUUCGAAUGGGCGGACCCGGAAAGAGGCAUAAAUGGACAACUCACCUGGACCCGACUUCCACAAGGAUUUAAAAAUUCCCCCACCCUAUUUGAUGAAGCCCUCCACGAAGAUUUAAGUAAGUACCAGAAAUUAAACCCAAAUGUGUUUCUCCUACAAUAUGUAGAUGACCUCCUUAUUGCAGCUGAGACCCGAGAAGCCUGUCUCCUGGGGACGAAAAACCUCCUACAGACGCUGGGGGACCUAGGGUACCGCGCAUCCGCUAAGAAGGCCCAAAUCUGCAAACCUGAGGUAAUAUAUCUGGGGUACCUGCUAAAAAAAGGACAAAGAUGGCUUACUGAUGCCCGGAAAGAGACUGUGCUCCGCAUUCCGCAACCCACCACGCCUCGACAGGUGAGAGAAUUCCUGGGGUCUGUGGGAUUCUGCCGGUUAUGGAUCCCAGGUUUUGCUGAAAUGGCCAAACCCUUUUACGCAGUCUCUAAAAACCAACCAUCAUUUGAAUGGUCUGCGGAAGCUGAGCAGGCAUUUCAACAGAUAAAGAGAGCCCUCCUAUCGGCCCCAGCUCUAGGACUGCCCGAUAUCUCUAAGCCUUUCCACUUAUCUGUGGACGAACAUAAAGGCAUAGCCAAGGCAGUGGGGGCAGAUUGGAAAUUACAUUGUGCCUACCGGCCCCAAAGCUCAGGACAAGUAGAAAGAAUGAAUAGAACAUUAAAAGAGACCCUUACUAAAUUGACUAUGGAGACUGGCUUAAAAGAUUCUAGUGAGCAGGGAGCAUUUGUUUACCACAACUUGAUGGACAGUGGCUAUUGUUUUCUGGUGGGUAAAGGCCAAGAAUGAUGCUAAACUUCCUGUAAUGCACAGACAACCCCAUAACAAAGAAUGGUUUGGCUCUAAAUGCCAAUAGUGCUGAAAAUAACUAAUACUGUAUUAUAACAUGGCUUGAUAGUAAGUUCUACAUUGUGCUUUUUGAAAGCUCUUCUUAAGUAAUACAGUUCAGUAACAUAACUGAAAACCAAUAAUAGACAUUAUAAAGCAAUUAAGCAA